GGCUCAUUUCGUCGUCGGUGGGACCGAGUGGAGGUGCAUAGCUCGACAGCUGAUCGCGGUCGUCGGUGGUGCGAGAUCGGCGCUCUCUCCCUCGCCACUCGCAGUAUACGCCGUGGUCCCGUUCGGUGCGUCUGGUCUGAUCGCUCGGUCCAGGGUUCACCUAGUGCGUGCACGCGUCUCCACUGAUCGAUCGCCCCGACGGACGGAGCAUUAAAUGACUCUAGGACGAAUGCAGUGUUACGCGGUGGUGCGUCAGUAACCAGGCGAAGGAAGAAGUCGAUACGGGGGGUGGAAUCGCGACACUGUGGCGUGUCCCUGGUUCAGUGAUAGAGGACUAGUGCGGCCUCGCGAUCGCAUCGUUGGCGAGACCUGGGACCUACAUUCCGCAGCGGCCGCGGGUGACGGCGCGCGGUGACGUCGAGAAGACCCGGAGAAGAUGCGAAGGGUCACCGCCGUGGUAUGAAUUCGGACGUCGCGACGGUAGCUGAGCCCACUUUUGUCCGAGGCACUAUUGGAUGAUGGCUGAUCUGAAGACUCUCACCCUGAGCGGUGGCGGAGCACCCAGGUACAGCGGCGAUGAACAGGUGCAGUUUAUUCCGAGUGGGAGUCAUCAAGUGACGAUCCGAUCACCCCCUCCUUCUUUACAUUUGGAAAAUCUCAACAAUGCGGUCCAUGGUGGUUCGCAGAACAACCUCCACUGCAGUUGCAACGGAACUACAUCGAACGGUGCCGCAGCUGCGGUGUGCACUGGCAGUGUUCUGGCCAGAAAAGUGCCGAACCAUAGUGGCGCUAGUCCUGGUCAGGGCAAUAAAAGGCCGGUAGUGUCGCUGACACAUCUCCCGAAGAGACCGCCGGUCGACGUGGAGUUCAAGAACCUGGCCUACAGCGUGUCCGAAGGCAGGAAAAGAGGGUACAAAACUAUUCUAAAAUGCGUAAACGGGAAAUUCAGAUGUGGAGAGUUAACGGCCAUUAUGGGGCCGUCUGGUGCAGGAAAAAGCACGCUCAUGAACGUUCUAGCGGGAUACAAGACGUCCCACUUGAGCGGUUCGGUGCUGAUAAACGGAAAAGACAGGAAUCUCCGAAGAUUUCGGAAGAUGUCUUGCUACAUUAUGCAGGACGACCGACUUUUACCGCAUUUAACCGUCUACGAGGCGAUGACUGUCUCAGCAAAUUUGAAAUUAGGGAAGGACAUCAGCGCAAGCGCCAAAAAAGUCGUGAUCGAGGAGAUUAUCGAAACGCUUGGUCUACGCGAAGCCAGCAACACGCAAACCCAUAGUCUCAGCGGAGGCCAAAGGAAGAGGCUGUCGAUAGCGCUGGAGCUUGUCAAUAAUCCUCCGGUCAUGUUCUUCGACGAGCCUACUUCUGGCUUGGACAGCUCUUCCUGUUUUCAAUGUCUCAGUUUGCUCAAAUCUCUGAGUAGAGGAGGAAGGACGAUCAUAUGUACGAUCCAUCAACCAAGCGCGCGACUGUUUGAGAUGUUUGAUCAUCUGUACCUGCUUGCCGAGGGCCAAUGUAUAUAUCAGGGCAACGUUGGCGGUCUAGUGCCCUUCCUGUCGUCAAUGGGUCUCGAAUGUCCGAGUUACCAUAACCCAGCGGAUUAUGUAAUGGAGGUCGCUUGCGGGGAACACGGCGAGUGUGUUCACAAACUCGUGAUGGCGGUAAACAAUGGUAAAUGCAACAAUUAUCAACACCAUCAGGCGGCCAUCGCCGCGGCGCAGACGGUUUCGAACGACAUCGCCAAGGAGUCGCCGCAGGAGCAGACAAAACCGGAGGGUGCGACUCUGAUACCGAACGGCGUGGCGAAGCCACCACCUGGUGCGACGAUGAUCAAUAUGCCGGUCUCCUGCACAACGUCAUUAUUGGAUAGCGCAGAAAGUAUAGAGCAGAAAGUCGGUUUCCCGAGAAGCGGUUGGAUGCAGUUUUGGAUUCUCCUCAAAAGGACCUUCUUGUCGCAGAUGCGAGACAUGACGUUAACCAGGGUAAGAUUGAUUUCACACAUCAUCGUCGGCUUUUUAAUCGGCGCGAUCUAUUACGACAUCGGCAACGAGGCCUCAGAGGUCAUGAGUAACGCCGGAUGCGUCUUCUUUACGGUGAUGUUUCUCAUGUUCACCGCUAUGAUGCCUACCAUAUUAACAUUUCCGGUAGAAAUGUCUGUAUUCGUGAGGGAGCACUUAAAUUACUGGUACUCGGUGAAAGCUUUUUACUUCGCGAAAACAUUGGCGGACCUGCCGUUCCAAAUAGUGUACUCCAUAGCCUACGUAAUGAUCGUAUACUUCAUUACGUCGCAACCACUGGAAACCGAGCGUUUUCUCAUGUACUUAAACAUAUGCAUCCUGACAUCGUUGGUCGCACAAUCAAUCGGUCUGCUGAUAGGUGCAGCGAUGAGCGUGGAGAGCGGGGUUUUCAUCGGGCCCGUGAUGUCGGUGCCGAUAGUCCUGUUCUCCGGCUUCUUCAUCAACUUCAACGCCAUUCCAAAAUACCUCAAGUUCCUCUCGUACGUGAGUUACGUGAGGUACAGCUUCGAGGGUGCCAUGAUCACCGUGUACGGCUACAAUCGGGCGAAGCUCAAAUGUUCCCGGGAUUACUGCCACUUCAGGAGUCCGACGAAGUUCCUCGAACAGAUGUCCAUGCAGAAUGCGGUCUACUGGAUGGACGUCGUCGCUCUACUCGGUUUCCUGCUCGUUCUCAGAGUGGUCGUUUACUUCGUGCUGCGACUGAAGCUACGAUCCCUUCGUUAAAUUCUCCGAUAGUCCAGGACUGACAAUAAUCGAUCACAUGUCAUGACGCCACGACCGCCAGGUUGAAUCGAGACCGUAAUCUGAACGUAAUCGAUCACGUUCUCAUCAGUGACGAAGACCAAAAGAAGAAACGCGAAGAACAGCUCAUUCACGAGCUCAUUCACAAGAAUAAUACUGUCGAAUUGGUAACACCGGUAGCGAAUAUUGCAUCGUAACCGCCGAAGAAAACGUAUCGGAUGAGGAACAUGAGGGAACAUUGUAAAUCGUUUAAUCGUGCAAACUUUGAUACGCGUCAUUUUAGGUCAUUAGGUCAUUGCAACUUUAUUUUAUUAUCCGCCUUUAAUGAAGUAGAAUAUUUUUUAUUAAAUCCAUUAACUUAUAGAGUGUUAACGCUUCGAAGGGUGCUUAAUUAUUUUUAAUAAUAGUGGUUAUGGCUUACAGCACCAAACCGAAUGAUCUCUGCCAUUGGCAAAGGGGUGACAGUUUAUCGUACUUUGUUAGUUCGAGUAAGAAGUAGCUGUCGAGAGUUGCCCAACACUCGAAGGAAUCUGAUUAAAAGGCGAAUCGUAAUCCUAGGUCGCCUUUAAUAGAACGUUUAACUAACUAACGCAGGCAGAGUUAGGCUUAUCUUCGAACUCGCGUAUCAGUGACACAAUAGACCGGACAUGACAUGGCGACAUUGGUUGUUCGGCUAUUAAAUUGAAACUACGCGAACGCGUUUAUAGCCAAUUACUACGAACUCGCCAGGAGCCUUAGGCCCGUUCAAGACUCGUGUCCCUCCAACGAGCGCGUUUGAAGAUGCAAGCGCGACGAAAUAGAAAUUUCUAUAGGUAGGACAAAGUAGGACACACGGAUCAUUAAAAAACCUCAAGUCUUUUAUCUUCAUCGUAUAUAUACAUAAAGCUCGUCACAUAUUUUGAUCGCAACAUUGGAUAUCUCGAAGGUAAUGAAUCGCGUAUGUUAUAAUAGUCAUGAUAAGGUUCUUGCACGGGCGAACAGAAGCAAUUUUCGCAAAAAUCUCGAAAGUACGCUUGUCCGCCGCGACUAGCGUUUGCAUAAUGAUAAAACGGUAGAGAGCGCGUAUCCAAUUCACGUCUUACAUAAUCAUAUUAACAGAUUUUUCUUCAUAUCGUAAAGUUUCAUCAACGAUUUACCUAAUAGCUAUGGUAAUUGUAAGGGGAAAGCCGGAAAGGAGAAGAGGGGACAAGAGAAGUUUAUUGUAAAAAGCUCACACUUGACCAAUCACUAGCUGCCUGAGCGUUGCUUCUAAGUGCGAGUGCUAAACAUUGUUACACUUAUUAUAUAUAUAUAUAUAAUGACUAUCUAAACGAUGGGAAAGAUGAUUGUAUAGCUGUAUAAAACGAAAGGAUAGAUAGCGCGCGUCUGUUAUACGAUCAUGAAUACGUGUAUAACUGGUAUCAAUUUUUUACAAUAAUGUGAUUCCUUUCCGCGGCCUAUAUGUGCAACCCUGCGGAUUCAUUUUCUCCAACAAGGGACGAAAAGGCAGCGGUUCAAGAUGUUACCGUGGAUUUCCAUUUGUUUUAUAUACAACCAAGACUCGCUACAAAUACCGCCAAUGUCGAUUGGUGCGAUCAUAAUCAACGAACAAGUAAAAGUCUACAAGGAGCGGCAAUUCAUACAUUGCACGUAGUUGUUCCCGUCAAAUACAAAGCGCGUAAUGUUUUACUUUUGAAAGAUUACAGAAUUAUGGGGGAUUGGUCGUAUUCUUUCUGUGCGCCAUACGAGCAUAAGUGAUAGGUGUAAAUAAUAAUGCAUGUAUUUCAGUUUCUUAACAAUGAGAAAAUAAGCGAUAAUGGAAUGACAAGGCAAUAGAGUCUAUCGCAAAAAUUAUAAUUUACACAUCACAAUUAUUCCACUCACGUUAAUCGUUCGUGAUAUUUUCUAUUAUUGUGUGUUCGCGUUGAUAAUAGAUAUAUUUUUUCAAUUAGCGAUUUUACUAUUCGUAUAAGUGAUGGGAAACAGUAUUUGUACCAUGGUAUUAUUUUUACGUUAGCUGCACUUUACUUAUUUACUUUAUUUUAUUUUUUACAAAUUAUUAUACGUGAUUUGUAUAGGUAUCAUGGUAACAAUCUUAACAUUAGUUUUAUAUAGAAUAAGUUAGAUUAAAUUAAAUAUUUUUAAUAGAACAUUGAUAUAUUAAGUUUUUAUUGCAACAUGAUAUACCUACACGAUAUACUAUCGUUAAAUUAAUAAUGCAACAAUGUGUUUUACAUGUGGAUUAUGUUAAAGCGGAUAACAAGCAAUUUCUUGUAAAAAAUUGCUUGUUAUUCUAAUUGUCAUAUCCAAUCCACGGUUUCUAUUUUUAUCUAUUUUUUUCUAUUCCGUUUGAUCCAAAGAUCAUUAAAAGGGAAAAGAUAAAAAGAGGAGAGAGAAGUCACUAUACAUUUAAACACAUUCUGUAGAUUUUUAUAAAUAUAGUUAUUUGUAAAAUACAUUUUUGUAGGACUGAAAUGCAGGAUCGAGUAUCCUUUUUCGCUAAGGAACUUGUGCGCAUGCUUUUCACGUCAUAUGAAUCUAAUAUUGGAGGGAAGAAGGCAUA